AUGAACACAAAUUUUUUGUUUGUGUUUUGCUUACUAGUUUGUAUUGCAGAAGCAAAAGUUGAAUACAAACUUUUCAAUGUGAUGAAUUAUGGUGCACGUGCUGAUGAUAGAACUGAUAAUAGUGUGGCUUUUUUGAAAGCAUGGAAUGAUGCAUGUAAAUGGAGAGGAAAAUCAACAAUUUUGAUUCCAAAAGGAUCAUAUAUGCUUCAUGAAGUUAUAUUUAGUGGUCCAUGCAAUGCUUGGAUGAACUUUCAAAUUGAAGGAACCUUGAAAGCUCCAAGUGAUAUAUAUUUGUUUAGGACUGAUAGUUGGAUAAGUUUUAGAUAUGUAAACAAGUUGAAUGUUGGUGGAGGUGGCACAUUGGAUGGUCAAGGAGCUUUUGCUUGGGCGAAAAAUGAUUGUCAAACGAAUCGAAAUUGUCGAACACUUCCGACCACAAUGACAUUUCAAUUCAUCACGAAUGGUUAUAUCCAUCACAUGCGUUCGAUUAAUACCAAACAAAAUCAUUUUGUAUUGUUUGGAUGUAAGAACAUGGUGAUGACAAGAUUGAAAUUAAUGGCUCCUACCGAUAGCCCCAACACGGACGGUAUCAAAAUCGCGAUGUCGACAGGAGUAACGAUCUCGAGCGUGAACAUUGGAACGGGAGAUGAUUGCAUUGCUAUGCUCUACGGUACUAAAGGGGUUCGGAUUUCGGAUGUUUAUUGUGGACCUGGUCAUGGAAUUAGUAUCGGAAGUCUUGGAAAGAAUAACGGCGAAGACGAUGUUGAUGAUAUAGUUGUGAAAAAUUGUACAUUUAGUGGUACAGAUAAUGGUGUUAGAAUCAAAACAUGGACGGCUGUUUUGCAGAAAAUUAUGCAUGUUUCUAACAUUCAUUAUGAAGAUAUUGUGAUGGAGAAUGUGCGAAAUCCUAUUAUCAUUGAUCAAAAUUAUUGUCCAAGUCAUCCAUGCAAUCCAAAGGGAGGGGUUUCAAGUGUUCAAAUAAGCAAUGUGAGUUACAAAUUUAUUAGAGGAAGUGCAAAUUCAGAUGUUGCAGCAACUUUGCAGUGCAGUCCAAAUAAACCAUGCCAAAACAUUACAAUGGAUACUAUUAAUUUGUGGCCUAGUGGUAAGGGUAGUAAACUAAACAAUGAGUGUUUAAAUGUUAAAGGUGCUUCCCAUGGCAUACAGGUCCCCCGGGCUUGCAUAUAG